GGGAUAUGUAAGUACGAUGGUCAACAAAAGUUUUCAGACACGACCUGAUAGGAAAUAAAUAAAAAAAUCAAUAAAAACAAUGCUUUCAUGCAUUUAUUUUCUAUUCAAACGCAUAAAUGUAACUUCAAUACCAAUCUUAUCAAUUUUCUCAAAAAUAUUUGUCUAAGAUUAAAUACAUAUAUUUUCAACACAAAUUUAUGUGAUUCCUCCGGAAGAUUGAGAGGAAAACAAGAAGAGACAGAGUACGCAACACCACCAUCAGGUCGAACCUCAAUAUUAAGCCGGCCAAUGAUGGGAAGAGAAUCGACUGGGAUGGCUAGUACAUCUGCGGAUGGAACCAAACAGGAUAGCUAGCGAAGCCUAUCGAGCUAAAGUAGAGGGCAAGGGAUUAAGAAGACAACCUAGAAGGAAAUGGGAAUAUGAGGUGAAGAGCGACUUCCAGAGAAGAGGACUUCAAUGGAAUGAUAGAAGGCGUCUUUUUUGUCGUUUCAGAAACUUCGUAGUCGUGGCAGAAAAAGGUAUUAAACCAGCUCUAUCUGUCUACGAAAUAGCUACCCAAAAGAGGAUUAAAUUACUUGGAGUUCCCCUCAAAGAAUCAACAGCGACUGAUUGGGCUACUGUUGCUUUCAUGCAAGAUAACACUCAUCUUAUUGCUGUGACAGGACAUCCCAACUGGAACUACCUUAUAUAUGACUGGCUCAAAGGACGUGUUGUCUCUUAUGGACAAGCUGCAUAUAACUCCCUGACGGUUACUCAGAUUUCCCCAAAUCCUGAAGACAGUAGCAUGUUUCUAUUAUUAGGUCCAGGACAUUUUCGUUUGAUGAGCCAAUCGGAUCGUAUAUGGCGCCAGUAUGGGUUCUCAAGAGCCGACAAGGUACCAUUGCAAGUGGCCUGCUGGAUAGGACCUCAAACAGUCUUAGCAGGAUCGAAAGAUGGUAGGCUCCUCCUGGUGGCCUACGGUGAGCUUAGAGGGGUUUAUGAAUCUGACAUGUUGUCUGAGAUACUUUUAAAAGAAUCUGAAGAAGAAGUAACUCUAGCAUCAAACGCGGUGACAGAUGACAAUAAAUCCGGGAUACACGAAGAGCCAGUUGCUGAAUUUAACAUUUUGGGUAAUGGAUACCACGAUGGUCCUAUAGCUUCAAUUUCAACGUGCUUAUGGAAACCAUUUUUUUUAACUGCUGGACUCUAUGACAAAACUAUACGACUGUGGAAUUAUGAACUGAUGAAUGUUGUAAUUCAGAAGAAAUUUACAGAUGUCAUUUACAGUGCUUCGAUGCACCCAUCAGGUUUUUACUGUUUACUUGGCUUCACUGAUAAGCUGCGUUUCAACUUGAUUCUGGCAAAUGAUUUUAAGACAGUUGGACAAGUCGACAUCAGAGCGUGUAAAAAUGUUGCCUUUGCAAGUGGUGGCCAUUUGUUCGCUGCAACGAGGGAUAUUGUAAUAGAGGUUUACUCAGCUGUAUUCUUCACACGGCUUCACGUUCUAAGCGGUCAUCUUGGACCUAUCAAAAGGCUGGUCUUUGGACCAAGAGAUAAAAGUUUAUGGAGCUGUGGUGGUGAAGGAUCCUUGUAUGAAUGGGACAUGGACAGCGGUAAAAGAAUUGGUGACAUUUUCACAAAUAAAAAUGGGCAGUUUGGCUUGGCAGUAGGUGAUGCUGUAUAUUCAGUCGGAACUGAUGGAGCACUCAAGGAAGUUAUAAAUGGCGUUAUAUCGCGAGAGAUUGGCAUGCUUCAAAGCUCCCUGAGCUGCGUUACGUUGGGUAAUUCAGGACAAUUGCUAUUUCUUGGUGGGCAAAAAGGGACAGUUGUAUCAGUCCUUUAUCCAUUAGUUCACCCUCCGAAGUGGCAAGAGUUCUCAAUGCAUAGCCAACCAAUUCAAGAAGUUGUAAUUACUCAUAACGAUGAAACAUUGAUGACCGCCAGCGAAGAGGGUUUCCUUUGCUUGUGGCAUAUAAUUUGUGACAAGGAAAAACGAUCCACGAUAGAUGAAACCAUGCCCAGCUUAAGCGAAAUACUUAUCAGCUUGCACGAGCUGGAAGAAUUGUGCGGAAGAAAUAAAGAACUGACUGAUCAGCUUUCAGAGAUAGAAGGACAACAUGAGUACACCAUACGACAAAUUACAGCCAAAAAUGAAGCAACUCUUAGCGAUAUUCAAAGUAACUAUAACACCAUUCUCCAAGAUCUCAAGUUUAGACUGAAGGUGAGUAUCCUGACUCUUUAA